UCUGACCUUUAGCCAGAGCAGUAUAUAUAGCCGGGGGAGAUGAGGGGAAGGCCCCUGGCAGCCAAAAUGAAGUCUCUGCUGUCUGUGUGCUGCUUGUUGUCUCUGCUGGCCCUGUCUGCUGCAGAUCUCCUUGCAGGGUCCUCCCUCCAUGAUGAGGAGCCUCUGGUGCGUCUGCAGCUCCAGCAGCCAGAGGGAGACCUCUUCUCCUGUAGAUGUGACACAACAGAGGAUCACGCCAGCCAGAGCUCCUCCAACGACACCCCGGCCCCGGAGAAGGCCAUGUGCCAGCCCUGCAAACCCCCAUCAGCUUUAGAUACUGAAGAAGAGCCGGCUGCUGUCUCAGAGCAUGAGGAGGAGGAGGAAGCAGCAGCUCCUGCAGAGGAGGAUGCUUCCACUGAGGAGGUGACCAGUGAUGGAGAAGAAGAGCAGGAGGAGGCAGCUUCUUGGGAAGAGGUAGAAGAAGAGGAGGUAACAUCUGAGGAGGAGGCUGAGGCAGAGCCUGUAGAGGAGGCUGAGUCAGUGGAGGAUCAAAGUGUGGACGAGGAGGAAGUAGCUGAGGAAUUUGCAUCAUCUGAAGAGGAGGAGACGGUAGCUGAGGUUGAGGAAGAGGAGGAGAAAACUGAGGAAAGAGAGGAAGAAGCAGAGGAGUUAUCCCAUGAGGAAGAGGAAGUGAAUGAACCUCAGGAAGAAGUUGCAGAAGAGGAAGAACCAGCUGCUGAAGUUGAAGAAGCAAUUGAGGAACCAGAGGGUGAAGACACACAGGAGGAUACAGAGGCAGCAGCUGAGGAGGAAAGUGUGGAAGUGCUCAUAGAGGAAGCUACUGCUGCUGAGGUCAAAGCUGAGGAGGAGGUUGCAGCAGAUGAAUCUGAACCAGAAGCAGAACCAGUUGAGCUUCCUCAAACAGACUCUGAACCUGAGGAAACAGAGCCAGAAGUGACUGCAGAAUCUGAGGAUGAACGAGAGCCUGAACCAGAGCCUGAGGUCGAAGUGGCUGCACAGCCUGAGGUCGAAGUUGCUGCACAGCCUGAGGUUAUUUCAGAGCCUGAACCAGAACCAGAGGUCAUUCCUGAAGUGGAGCCAGAGCCUGUUGUAGAAGAGGUUACUCCAGAAUCUGUAGAGGAUGUAGCUGUGGAAGAGAAACCAGUGGAAACCACAGUGGAAGAGGCACCUGUUGAUGUGGAGGAGGUGACUGCAGAGGAGCCUGCACAGUCUCAAACCAAAGAACAUGAGGAAAAAGCAGGCCCAGCACUGAGGGACCGCUCCCACAUUGAAGACACGCUGCGAUUGGCUACUGCUGAACCAUCAGCAGAGUUCUCAGCUGCUAUGAAGAAGCUGUUGAACAUCUACCACGCUGCCAUCAAGCCAAUGGAGCAAGCCUACAAAUACAACGAACUCAGGCAGCAUGAAGUCACAGAUGGUGAGGUCACCUCUAAGCCCAUGGUCUUGUUCCUGGGACCAUGGAGUGUCGGCAAGUCCUCCAUGAUCAACUACCUGCUGGGUCUUCACGGCACCUCACAGGGACUCUACACAGGUGCUGAGCCCACCACCUCAGAGUACACAGUCAUAAUGCACGGUGAGAAGUUUCGGACCAUAGAGGGCAUCGUUAUGGCAGCAGACAGCUCGCGGUCCUUCUCGCCGCUGGAGAAGUUUGGCCAAGGCUUCCUGGAGCGGCUGGUGGGCAUCGAGAUGCCCCACAAGCUGCUGGAGAGGGUCACCUUCGUCGACACACCCGGCAUCAUUGAAAACCGCAAGCAGCAGGAGAGAGGUUACCCCUACAGUGAGGUCUGCCAGUGGUUCAUCGAUCGAGCUGAUCUGAUCUUCCUGGUGUUCGAUCCCACCAAGCUGGAUGUGGGUGGGGAGCUGGAGUUGCUCUUCAAGCAGAUGAAGGGCCGCGAGUCCCAGAUUCGCCUCAUCCUCAACAAGGCCGACAGCCUUUCCACCCAGGACCUGAUGAGGGUCUAUGGAGCCCUCUUCUGGAGCAUGGCGCCCCUGAUCAACGUCACAGAGCCUCCUAGGGUGUACGUCAGCUCCUUCUGGCCUCAGGACUACGCUGCGGACACCAGCCGAGGCCUCUUCAUGAAGGAGGAGACCUCUCUGCUGGAGGACCUCAAUCAGGUGAUUGAGAAUCAGAUGGAGAACAAGAUCGCUUUCAUCCGCCAGCAUGGCAUCCGUGUGCGCAUCCACGCCCUGCUGGUGGACCGCUACCUCCAGACCUACUAUGACAAGCUGGGCUGGUUUAGCGACCCCUACGAGGUGUUCCAGGACAUCGUCAACGACCCGGACAAGUACUACAUCUUCAAAUCCAUUCUGGCCAAAACCAACGUUAGCAAGUUCGACCUGCCCAACAAGGAGGCCUACCAGGACUUCUUCGGCGUGAACCCGGUUUCCAGCUUCAAGCAGCUCUCCUACCACUGCAGCUGGACCGGUGGCUGUCUGCUGGAGAAGAUGGAGAGGGCCAUCUCACACGAGCUCCCGGCUCUGCUCAGCAGUGUCAGCAAGGCCGCAGACACACCAGCCCCAGCGAAGGCUGCGCCAUCACCUCCGCCUCCACUCCCUGGCACCUGUGAGGGUCCCGGGUGUGGUGAGAAACUCAAGAAUCGCUGGAGAAGGCAGUGAGAUGGAGGAGAGAGGUGCAGGAGGAGGAACAGAGGAGGCAGAUGGGUUUCCUGAAAUAAUCCCCACUGCUGUGAUCUUCAGGACUGGCUAUGGGGAGACUGAGCAGGGAGAGAGAACGAGAGUAGAAAAUGUGCAGAUGUACCAAGUAGACCUGGGUCAGAAUACUUCUUAGUGCUUGUUUUUACCUACAUGGAGUACCAAAUAGGUGGCUUUUACCACACUGGGACAGUUCAGAUAAGUUGUAGAUAACAGAAAAGUAUAACCAACUGAUUGAAUUCUUUUCUAUGACUGUAUAACAACUCUCUGUCUAUUUGACACCCUUCUGGUAUUUGGGUAGGUCAAAACAAACAAUGAAAAUUGAACAUUUUUGACUAAGGUUUGGUAGGGAACAACGUGUAGAAAAAGAGGCUUGUAGUCAACUUUCCAUCUGAAGCCAUUAAUGUCUGCAAAAUGUGAUGAAUGUCUGCAGGAGAAACAAACUUCCAAAACAUAACAUAAAAAAAUCAAAGAAGUCUAAUUUCCUAUAUAACUUUUCAUGUAAAUGAAAUCUGAGCAUGAGUGUUUUCUUGUUUCUCACUGUUUUCAAGUUUGUACAUUAUUUAUUCAAGUUUUUUUUUUCUUCAGAGAAAGAUGCUGGCAGUGAUUGUACCCCUCCAGUGAUGCUGCCACUCUUUGGUCUUCUGUGUUGUUUGCAAAGUCUGAAGAUUCAGUCAAACUGCUGUGCUAAGUGUAGGUCGUUAUCAGGCCAGGGCACAUAUUUUCAAUGGUGGGACAAUAAAAUAGAAAGAAGGGUGCUCUCAUAGUGUUUCAUUUAGCAGUGAUCCAACCAUGUUUAGUCACUGUACUGUACUGCACUACUGUGUAAUGUCAUUUUUUCUCUGUAUUGUACUAUACUACGUUACAUUAUAACGUACAUUAUAAGUUGUAUUUUAACAUUUCUCAGUACUGCACUGAGACUGAAUUGACUGAAUACAACCAUAGUAUUCUCCACAAAACUUAAACUAAUUUAAUCGUAGAUUUCUGUUCAUGUAAGCUUGUAUUUAAUGUCACGUGGCCUUUUCAGCCCUCUGAACAGUUGCUAGUUUUACCUCAACACGGCUGCAUACCACAUGAGCAUUUCCUUUAAAAAUGUAAUCUUUUCCUUGUUCUUUUAGGUCUGUUUGUAAUUGUCAUUCUUUUGAGUGAUUUCUUUUGAGUAAACAACAAAAAAAAAAUCUGCA